UUUCCCCAAGUUUCACUUUAUCAACAACAACAGGCUGCGCACAUACUGAGGACUCUUUUUUUUUUUAGACGCAAGCAAUCAAAGAGUUAUAAAAAAAAAAACCGUUCUGUAUUUAAAACAAUGGUAACAAUGUUUUUUUAGCAAUAUUAACAUCUUCGGUAAGAAUUAGACGCUGAACCCUGGACCAAUAUCGCCUUUUAAAUAAUUCCGGAAGACAGAAUCUAGAUCUAGAUAUGCUGUAAUCGAAACCUAAACCUGGAAACCAAAAGGUGAAAGGUGCGCUUUAAACUCCUGAAAAGUGGCCAUGACAUAGGUUAUUUCCCAUAAGUAUGGAGAAUUACUACACCCUUGUCUAACAAGUACAUCAUAACUAUUACCUGCACUUCAACCACAUUAUGGCUCUCUCAGCCAUCCCAGAAUGGAGGGAUAAGAUGGUAGGAGAGCAGCAAGUAGAGGAUGAGUUUACCUGCCCAGGUGUGUUGCAGGGCUCUUUGCUAUCCCUGAAACCCACAGUGGAGCGAGUGUUUGCUUUGACUUUGAGAAUUGGUGGGGAAGACGACUCAUAUAGCUCUCAGGAUGGACAAAUUUGGCUACAACUUAAGGGAAGAAAACAAGAAGUUGAGGCAGCAAAACUUUUUAUAAAAGGUUUUGUGAACCAGGAGGCUCAAAAGGAAGUUCAAUAUCCACCUGUCCUUCAGUGUGUGUUCUGCGGUGCCAAGGGGUUGUUUAUUGACUGCCUGGUUAGAAAUACCUCAGCGCAUAUAGUGGUUGGCUCAGUAGGUUGUCUUCUCAUCUUUGGGCUGGCUGAGUCUGUUGUGAGGGCCUACUCUCUUGUCAUAGACCUGGUAGACAAGUACAGUUCUAGCCAAGUGCAACCCUCUGAGGCAAAAAAUGAGUCCAUGGAUUCUCGUCGGGCCUUCAAAUCCCUGGUGGAAAGACUGGAGGACAGUCACACUCUAGAACUGUUGGUCCUGCCAGUGACCGUUAAAGAAGUUCUUCUGGACUUAGUUAAGCAGUCAGGACUAGAGCCAAACACUUUGGACAGUGGUGUAAUUUCAGCUGGAGCCACAUAUCCUCUAAACCUUCAGGAUAGGAUGGACAGACUGAUGCUAAGAGAAUCUAAGGAGGGCCAGAACCAUGACAUUUUACAGACUGCCACCAUUUCGCCCAAAGCAAAUGGGACACCUUAUUUUAAUUUUACAGAGUACAGAAUAUCAGAUACAGGAAAGCAAGUUAAUCAAGUAGAGUCUCCUAGUCACUUCUUCCACUCUUUGGUAGCACCUGGUGCUGCAAGUUCAGAUAUAAAGAAACAGGACAGAGAAAUACAAAAGUGGUCUGAAAGUGUAUCCCAUAGUAUAGAAAAAGAAGGAGAGUCAAAUCAGGAGGAUCAACAGGGAGAAAACUUGUUGUCCACAGCAAGCAAACAAGAAAAUGAACACCUACUUAAAUUCUUCACUGCUAUGGGCUUCAAUGAUGAGGUGGUAUGCAGGGUUUUAGCACGUACUGGACCCAGAGAACCCUCUGAGGUUCUUGACCUGAUCCAGCAAGAGCAAGAUAAGGCCAUGAUCAGGAUCGUAAAGCAAGAGGUGAAUGGGGCUAAAGAGGCCAAAGCUGAGGAUUUUGUCCUUGGUGUGAUGAAGAAAGCAGCAGCCAGCUGUGGGUACACAGAGGAUAAGGUGACUGAGAUUUACAGCAACCUCCCUGAAUUGAAACCACAUGACCUGAUCCUGGAACUACAGAGAAAGGGCAUGGGAGAACAAAGUGGAGAGAAAGAGAGCAACAUAAAGAAAGCAGAAGAAACAGAGGAACCAAAGAGAAACACACACAUUCUUCAAGGAGCCAAAGAAAAUCCUUUAAUGGAAGAGAAAAAAACUAAGAGAAUUAAUGAGAAGACUGGAAUGACAAAUAUAGAAAUGACUGACAAUGAUAUAAGAGUAAGUUUAGAAGGAGUAAAUAAAAAGAAGCAGGACAUCCAAGCACGUGGAAGAGGAAGGUCAAGUGUAGGAAUGAGGUUGCCAGCACACUUAACAGAGCCAGACUUGGCAAGCACUAAACCAGAUAUUUUUUCAUCUUCUCAAAAUCAGCCCCCAUUCCAUACCAUUUCAACUUCUGUUUGUGGGCCACCUCAGCCUACUUACCAUUCUCCACUGCACACCAACAUCUCAGAAGAAAAAAAUGCACCAGUAGAGCAAUCUUUCCUCAGGCCUAAGCACAAACCUCAAUCAAGCAAACCAGGAGCAGUCAUAACCGGACAGCAACGCUUCUUGGAAGGCUUACAGACACCAUUUGUCCUCCAGCUGAAGGAUGACCAGGCUGACCCUGGGCUGCGGCAGAUCAUUAUUGAUGGAAGCAAUGUUGCCAUGACGCAUGGUUUGGGUAUAUUUUUCUCCUGUCGAGGCAUUGCGCUGGCUGUGGAAUACUUCUGGAACCAAGGCCAUCGCAAAAUCACAGCACUUGUUCCCCAGUGGAGGCAGAAGAAAGACCCAAAGAUAAAAGAGCAGCACUUUAUGGCACAACUGCAGGAUCUUGGUCUCCUCUCAUUUACACCAUCUAGAGAGUUUAAAGGACAGAGGAUAAAUUCCUAUGAUGACAGAUUUAUGCUACAUCUUGCAAGGCAGACAGAUGGAGUGAUUGUAACAAAUGACAACAUGAGAGACCUUGUGGAUGAAUCAUUUGGAUGGAAAGAAAUAAUCAAGACAAGAUUGCUCCAGUACGUGUUUGCUGGGGACCUCUUUAUGGUGCCGGAUGAUCCUCUAGGCCGAAGUGGACCUCAUAUUAAGGACUUCUUACGGUCACAAAACAGGCCCCCUGUUCCAGGCAAUCACACAUUUGCUGGUACGGCCUCAAAUUUCCCCCAACUUGCCUCUCAGCCCAGACCUCAGACAGAAGUGCUGAACUACCGUGAACGGACACCUGGGGGCAUCAGUAGACCUCAAGGGGCAGUCAGAGGUCAUUCCCAGAGCAGAAAGGAGAGGUCAGCAGAGGAGACACUUAGGUUGAAGCAGGAUUUGCUGCAGAUUUUUCCAGGGCAGGAGAGUGUGAUCAUAAUGACCCUACAGUGCUACCCAGGUGAUACAGAUAUUAACCGACUGUCAUAUUACAUUCUGGAACAAGUAAGUUCAGAGGAGUAGACUUUGAUAUGAGAGAAACUGGCUCAAAAAUAUAAAACUUUGAAAGCAGACUAUGCGUAAAUCUAUGGGCUUGUAUUCACAAAGUGUUUAAAAAUAACAAGGAAAGCCAGAAACUCUUGAUAUUAAAACAUAAAAACUAUCAGUCCUUAAAUUUUAGAUGUGAAGUGUUAGUUAUUUGCAGUGCUACAAAAAAUGUUCAUUGGCUUGGAAUUUGAUCUGUUUCAUCUGUUGCUAAAAAAGUUCAGAAAAUACAGUAGGUAUAUUUUGGACCAGCUCUGUGUAAACAUAAUCCUCAUUUAGUCUUGUGCAUUCCUAUUUAAAAUGAUUUACUGAUCAAAACAGCGAUUCCUUCAUUUUUUCAUAUCAGAUAUUUACAUAAAUUACUCUUUCUUUUGAUUUUGCAAUGCUGCAUAUUGUGGUCAUUUUAAUUGAAUUGAACAUUUUAAUUGAUGCAAUUUUACCAAAUAAUAUGGUGUCACUGGCUAUAUUAUCUUGUAAAAUAUCAAUUUCAUAAUGAAUUUUGUGAAUUGUGAAUGAUUUUGAAAAUCUGACAAUAAAUUCUUUUUCAUCAGGAAUGUUGGAAUAUCUGUGUACCAAAUAUGUUGUGUGUUAAAUUGGUGGGUAUCCAAAGCAUCAUGGGCCAAGUAGUCAUUAUCUGUGCUCUCUUAUAUAUCUGUCAAAAAGCUGUUAAUUUUGUUAUUGCUAGUAAGCAGAAUACAAUUUAAAAAAAUCAUUUAUAUGUGGUAACAUUUUUAAGACACUUAAUUCAUAAAGCACAAAGCCUUAUUUGUUUUACACUGUCCUUUAAGCAAUAUUAGAGAUUUAGUGCAUUAAUUAUCCAGCAAUGUGGUAGAGAAGGUGUUCCCUUUCAAAUGUCAUGAAUUGAUGCUAUGGGAAUGCCGUUGUGAAAACGGUGUCUGAAGCAUGUGUGAACACAUGCCAGUUUCAUUGGCUGAUAGAGGUCAGGUAACAUCAGCGCACACCAACAAGACCAUAAAAGGACAUCUACAUCACAUAUCCCCAGCAUCUUUGUCUUCAGGAAGCCAUUUGUCUGUCUGUGUGAAUUGUCUGUCUGUUUUGUUCA